AUGUCCGCCCCCUGGUUCGCCAGCACGUUAGAGGCCAGAUCGAGCGCGAUCGCGCCGCUAUCCGCCGCUGGACCGCCUCCCGGCACAACGCUGUCGGAUUGGCUUUACAACAUUGCCAUUGUCCCAUUUAUGCGAUUCUCGUGCCUGCCCCCUCUCUCUCCACACGUUGAGCUGGCCGUGUCCGCUUCGGUUUGGCGCCCCUCGGAGUCUCAAAGCCCAGCGUGCCGCCCACUGCUCUCUGCUCGCCGGACAACGUCGUCACCUGCCGCGGAGCGCGUGUGUUGA